GCGGUGCCUUUGCAGGGACGUUCCUGGGAGGAGAUCUUUCUCCGUUUUGAGUGUGUGGUGUAAGAGUUGUCCAGAAGCUCCUCGGUUGCCUUAAUGCUCUUUUAUGUACUGGUGUGGUAUGAGCUUGGGUAGAUUUUGAGUGCAGAUGUACUGCUGGCUUUGUUGCUAGCUUAAAAAUAGUAAAGGUGGCCGAGCACCCUCUCCCAAACUGUUUUGGGCAGAGGGGUCACAGAGGAGAAAGGAAGGGUUAACUUAAGCAACAUGACUCAUUUGGCAAAUACUAGUUAAUAGAAUUGCCUUAACUACUUAAAAUUAUUUUCCUAAGCAGAUGGUCAACUAUUAGAUAACUCUAUCUUUGGAUGUAUUUGUUUUCAGGUUUCUUAUCUGGCUGGCAAGUCUCAGACCUGUGUAACACAAGAACUGUAGUAAUUGAUAAAUCCAUUCUUCUGCAUGAGAGAAAGCAUGGCCAGCUCCUGCUGUUACAGAGGGACACCCCCCCAGGCAUAUUGCCAAAAAGAUAACAACCAACAGGCAUAUGAGAAAUAUUUAAAUUGAAUUAGACCUGUGGAAAAAAUAUCGUAUUUUGAAUUUCCAUUUUAAAAAAUCAAUAUAAAUGUAAUUGUAAUCACAAAUAGUAUGAAAACGAAAUCCUGUCUAAUGUGGCAAAUGGAUUAAAUUCUAGGAAAGCUAUGAACCUCUGAAUUUGUAGGGGAAACACAUGGGUACACACUGCAAACAUGUAUGUGUAUAUAUAAAAUAAAAAUGACCUAUUUCAGGGUACACAAAAAAAAAGGCAAGCAGACUCCUCUUUAGUGCAGUUCCUGGGACAAGUCUGCAAUUUACACACGUACAUAAUCUGUCUCUCUUUCCGUACAUAUUUUUAUACCUAAAAAACUGGAAUCAGCAUGAUCCCGUGCCAGAUCAGGGGAUGUCAGCCCAGUAAUGAUGUUUUUAGCCUCUGUCCUUCUGACAGUGGGUUCAAAAACCUCCCACCAGGUCUCCUGUAUUUGCAUUUCUAUUUCUGCUGAUAUUUUAAUAGGAUGUUUCCAUAAGGGCUGCUGGCACUAUUGCAUUUGAAUGUAAUCAACUUUUGAAAGCUAUUCAUCUUUUUGUUUAAUCUUCAAUAGUGGAUUUGAUGUUGAGCCAUGUGGUUAAGCCCUCUUAAGAACCACUGGGAAAAGCUCAGUCCAGCAGGAGGUUUGGAGGGUCUGUUGUGAAUCUUCACUCUUCCUUUCAGUUGUGUUUCUCUGAAGGAUCUGGGCUGGCCGGCCAUAUAUGUCCCCUCUGGUCUUGAGCCUGGCGGCUUUUCCAUCUGGUGUGGAUGGAAAACCCCUACCUUCACCGCUUCCUUUCUGCAUGGUGGCUGUAGAUUGUGUCAUCUUGUCUAUACACAAUGCUUAAGGUUUCACAGAUAUUUCGACCAAAACGUUUUCACUGUGCUUCAGCUCUUCACUUUGGUUUGAUGUUUCCACCCAUGUUUUUGCAUGUGAAAUGGAAUGAAGCAUUUUGUGGCUAAGCUCUGCCUGAGAGUUCUGCGCAGCUGCGAGCAUGAGGUAUUUUUUCAUCCAAAGGCUGGCAUCGGCAUCUCUCUCUUGCUGUACUGCAAAGUUUGUCCUUCACUUUGAACAGCUCUUGGAUUCUCUUCAUCCUCUGUGGAUGGUAAAUAACUCUCUAGGUCCUUCCAUGUUGUAUGCUUUCCAUCUGAAAAUAGAUGGGCUAUUGAAGCUUUUUUUUUUCUUUUUAUUUUGUUGUUGGACUCUAAGCUAAAAAACUAGAGAUCUUGAGCUGUGAUUGAAGGAAUCAGUGAGGGUUCUCACACAUCAGUGGAGAGCCAGUCAGCCCCUUUCAUCAGGGGUCUGUUACUUAGGAGCAGAAGGCUUGGUUUCAUCAUGGAUCACCUUCGGGUUUGACAUCUGGAAAUAGCAUCUGAACAGCCUUGGCAAACGACCUGCACACAACAGCACUGGUUCCUUGCCUCUCUUUUCCUUUUAAAAAGGAAGAGAAAGUUGCUUAAUGUGAUGCUCAAUGCGUCUGGAUUGUGGUUUGGUCCAUUAGGAGUAAAGAACCGGCAGCGUUUUGCCUCAGGAGGGUAAGUGGAUCCGGGCAGGUGCACUGAAGGUGGUUUAACCUCUGAAGGCUUCAGUUUCUUCUGUAGAAUCAGAAGGUGCCUCUCCCCUCACUAAGGUUGCAUCUGAGUCAGGAAUAAUUAUUGGUUGUAUUGCACUUUUUUUUCUAAAGUAAACCUCUGUAGAUCGGAAUGGCCAGAUGGCGCAUACAACUCUCAAUUAUGGAAAAUAUCCUCAGGAGGUGCUUUGAGGUCAUCUAAUCCAUGCCUCUGCCCAAAGGCAGGAUCAACUGUGCUUGUGCCUUUCCUGUGACAGCUAUUUCUCCAUCCUGCUCCUUAAGACCUGCGGUGGAGUCUCCAUGCUUUCCUGCAAUGCAGGAAACACCCUGAUGUCCAGCUUCAAUUUCCUUUGCAGUAACUCAUUUGUCCAUGGUGGGCAAACCACAGAGGAACCAGCGAAGAGAAUUUACAACUCCUUCAGCAAAUGCAGGUAGUUGUUAAGUGGCGGUUCAUAAGGGUGUGAUCUCUUUCCCUCCUCCACCUGAGUUGUGUAAGGAGCAAACCAUACGAAACAUGGCUAACUUGUGUCUGUAUGGCUGGAGGUCGGCAGUAGCGUGGGAAGGAUGGGGUAAGUAGGCUGCGCUACAUCUCCGGAUGGUGGCACGACUGCAAAGUGAGGAUAAAGUUGCUCAGAUAAACACACAGCGAUGAGCUUAUGAAAAGAACUGAUGAGCCACUAAAGGAAUGCUUUGGAAAGUUCAGAGAAAAGCCAAGCACAUCAAGAUGGCUUCUGUAAAACAUCUGUGUUCAGGGUGAUCGCUGGUGUUAGGCAAAAGUGUUAACAAAGCUUUGGCACACGUUUGAGCACAAGCGUUGUCCCUUCCUGUUCAGGACACCCGGGGUUUAAUUCAGUGCUUUAAGCAGACGUCAGUGCUGUGUGUGGCAUCUCAGUGGGGCUGGCAGAGAAUAGGACAGUACCGAAGGGAGAUACGUACCUUUCUGAAGCGAUGGCAGAGGCUCUGGUGAUGGUUUGGAGCUCUUUAGAUGUCCCUAUCCACUUACAUUUAAGCAAUCAGCUCAAACCCCGUCACUUUAUUUUGACUUGCUCUGGAGAACGGUUGCUUUUCCAUCAUUGGGCCUAUUAGUUGACUAAUUAAGAAAGAAAAAAAAAAAGGUAGAAUAAAAUACAACGAAUCUUACAGAAAUUAUAUGCAAAUGCCAUCACAAAAGAUAUACAAGAGCAGGAGUACUGGAACCUCCUUGCUCUCAAAGCAGCAGUAAAUCCAGUGCCAGGAAGGUCAGGCUUGAAAUUUUGUUUUGAGGCUAUAGCUAGUGUUAUUUUUAUUUUUAUCUAUCUCUAUAUGUUUUGAAAUGUUACCGAUUUCAAGCCCAAAUAAAAUAAGUAAUUUGCUACAACUACUGCAGUGGAAGGCAGGAUUUGAAAAGAAAUGACAGCUACAAGAUGGAUCAUGUUUAUCUUAGAUGAUAGGUCAGAGGUUGCAUGCAGCAGGCUUAUCACUAUCUGACAGGUAACAAGAUAAAGGCCAGGUGUUACAUGGGGAUGUGGAAAGACCUAAAAACAGGAAUACUGAAUACUUUCCAUGGCAUUUUUAGGGAACAUUUCCAAACAAUGCAUCUGAGACAAUGGAGAAGUUAGUGGGGGGUGAAACUUGCAGAGAUGGUUUGAGCCAGGGACAGGGGGAGGGAAAGGCUCACUUGUACAGAGGAUGAGGGAAUCUUCCUGUCCCUUGCUGCUUCAAGGAGAGGAAAGGGGGGUUUUCCUGCAGCUUUGGAGACGUGACGAAUGACAUGCUGGGCUCCUGUCUUUACGUCGAUUAGCAUUUGUGAUUACACUCAGAUCCAGGGUGGAAGGCACUCAGCCAUUCUCAGGAGGCCUCCGGUACUUGCAGAUUGGGGCUCUUUUAUCUGCCAGCCAGCUGAGAUACAGUGCUCUCUGCCUCCUGUCACAGGGACACUUGUGGCUCCUUGUUCAGCAGCUUGUCAAGGAGGGCAGGAGAGGGAUCGUUCACUCAGCUGAGCCCGAGCCAGCACCAGCUGGGGGUCAUGUCUGCAUAUCUCUCUGCACCAGAGUCCUUGUGCAUCUGAGUGAGUAAUGCUGUUGAACACAGGGAAGUGUAAUUUGGUCUCAUUUUGCGCUUUUAAUGCAUCUUUUUGUGGGUGUGAAGUUUGCACUAUUUUCCCUGUUAGAAGUAGUUUCUUUCCUUGUUUAGUAUUCAGAUCUCAAUGUGUCUGCCAUUCUUCUCCUGCUCUUGCUUCUUUGGGGUUAUUUUGGCUUGGUUUUACAAAGCCUCCUCUCGCUUCUUAUCUCUUUCUUUUUUUUCUUAUGAGGGGAGCCUGAGUGUUUCUGUUCUCCUUGUCCGUUCUGUUAUGUUGCCCUGUUAUCCACAUCUCCCUUCUCGCACCAACAAAGUCCUCUACACACUGACCCGUCAUUUCGGUUGCUGAGGUUUCCCCAGAAUAGGAUUGCCAGAUCCUGGUAUGAAUCAGUUGUUAAGGUUAAGGAGUUAAGGGAAGUAGGCCGUUAAGUAUCGUAUUCUGUGUUGAUAACAGCUUUGGUUUCAGUAUUAGAUCUGUAUACUUGGGCACAGGCUGGCAUUUUCCAUAGGAAACAUUUCCCAGGAUAAAAGACAGCUAAGUAUGUGGUUGUUUAGUACAAUCUUCAGAAGAGAGACACGUGAUUGAAAUUGAUUUGAAUAAUUACAGUUUCCACAUACGUCCAAUCCACAGAUCAGUGCCCAGGUUCAAUGGGACGGUGGAAAAUAACAUCAGACUGUCUUGGGCAGGCACCAGCACCAUUAUAGUUCCUGGAGCAUGUGCAGGGAAGCACACUGACUUUUUAAAAGUUAAGUGUUCUACAGCUUUGGUUUUGGGCAAAACUGAUCUGUGCUAAGGGUUGCCUGGUCAGGGGUUCUUUAAAAUACCCUGAUUCCAAAAAGUGCUCCCCUCUCAGAAAUCAGGCCUCUUUAGCUGCAUCUGUUAAAACUGAGGCACCUGACUUUGUCAGCUUGCUUAAAUGCUGAUCCAAACUCUGCUUGAGCAUUAUGAUGCAUUAAGGGUUGUAACAUGGGUAGACCUAGAAGAUUCAGGGGGAUUCUUUUUUUCUGGUACAUCUGUGUGGUGCCAGCUCUUCAGGAUACAAGAAGGUAAGAAGCUGUGUUUGUGGACUGAAGACUGGAAAGAGGACUCAUUGAUGGUUUUUGUUGUUUUGCUUACCCCUCUCUUGAAGGGAGAUCUUCCUUUUACUCCGUGUAGCCACCAUGCAGCUAAGCUGUGUGAUUUCAGCGAGCAAGAGGUGGACACAGUCCUCUCAGGAGACUAAAAGUCUGGGGAUGUAUGCUCUGGGUGCCUCCCUGGCUUCCAUCUCAGCUUGACUCACAUCUUUUGUAUUUGAAGUCAAAUGCUGCCGUUCCUUUUUUUGUCUAUCCUGGUUCAGCUGUUUGUGAUGGUGGUUGUAGGUUCCUUUACAGCUGGUGCUUUUUAUCGUCUCUUGUUAUGCAGAAACUGUAAAAUACCUUCUGUUCUCAUAGAAGAGAGGGACCACUUCUCAAGUGCAGUAGAGCUGUUUGUAUUGUAAUGGGCUGCUUGCUGCUGGUUGUCUUUCUGCUUCCUGUAGACAAGCAUGCUAACUCAUAAGCAGCUACCAAGCUGCUCAGUCCAGUAAAAUGUUUUAUAAAGUGAUUUAUGAAUGGCUACUGGUUCUCCAGUGCUAUGGUUUGAUGUAGAAGGAAAGAAAUUGUAGAAAUGUCAUUUUGCAUAGCAGCGUAUGCUCUCUCCACCAGAACUGGGUGUCUCUGGCCCGAGCAGUCGGAGGAGGAAGCAAGCAGAAGCAGCAGGCUGUUACUUGCCAGCGGAUGUGUUUUUACCACAGCACAAGGACUUAGGAAAUGAAGGAAGGACUUCGUCAGGGUCCUCAGAGCAUCAGCUAAACGCUGAGACUUUGGGAUCAAUGAGCAGCAACACUGGAGAGUUCUUCGUAAAUCGGAUUAUAAUCAAGGACUUGAGGGGAAAAAAAAAACAGCUUGCUUUGAGGAGUACCUCUAGAAGGGCUUGUUGUAUUGCUGGGGCUGACUGAUAGUGAAAAUGCAAGUCAUUUUGCAAGAGUGACAGAAGUGUGGUGCAAGUCAUAGCAAACAGAAGAGGGAGGGACAAGGGCCUUGAGACGUGGCCUUGAGACGUCGUCAGAGCAUCAACUCCUCCUUACCAACAGAGGAUGGCAGAGCCCUAAAAAGUCUUGAAUAGCUUUGAGACCAUGAGGCAGAAACACUAAGGGGGUGGGGAGGUGUGACACAGAGCAAACGGGGAUUAGCGAGGCAGGGUAAGCACCUUAAAAAGGAGGGAGAAAAAAAGGAAGAGGGAAAGUUGCUGGAAACAAACUAAGCAGGCAGAAAAUUUGUCAUUUGUCUGGUUUUUGGGAUGAACACAACACCGGCCUCAUCAGUUUAAAUGCUUUUUCAGUGGUAGCUGAUUGAUGAGCUGAGGUGAAACGAGCGGGGUGAAGCAUGCUGGUGCACAGCCCGGGUGUGCGAGGGUCCAGGGCACGGGAGGAAGCAGGGAGCCUGUGUCAGCCAAAACCCAGCCAGUGUUGCAGGGCACGAGGAUUGCACGUGUGAUCCCUGUGAUGGAGCCAGCAGCGAGCAGCCCAUGUAGCAGAAGUGGUCAGUGGGGAUGGGGGAGCUCCGGGGCUGCUCGGGCACCCACUUCGGCUGUUUCUGCGGGGCACGGGCCGAGUGCUGCCGCUGUGUCACGGCUCAAAACGAUAAGAGAAGGGGGUGAGCUGGGAGGAAGGAUGUGAUGGGCUGUGUGAGCAACCGAAUGGAGGCUGGGCUGCUUUUUGUGCUCUGGGUAGAUGAGUCAAACCACCUGGGUGGGAACGGAGCUUCCUGGUGGGUCCUCAGCUAUAACCCUUGCUCCGAGGGGUCAGUGAAUGAGCCACAGAUGAGAGAGCUUUGCUUGGCUCAGAGGAAACUACAGAAGAAGUCGAAUGUUUGCUUCAGCUGAAGAGAACGUUUCCCAAGUCCUGGGCAGAAGAAGGGAAAAGAGAACCAGAGGAUGUUGCUGGUAGGUGGGUAUGACAGGAAGCCAUGACUAGCAGCGUGAUUGUCAACAGGAAGCAAAAACUCCCAGCCGAUGUGACGCUGCCAUCCAGCACACUUGCUGUGUCGUGUUGCCUGCCAGACUUUGUGGCCUGGGAAGCAGUGUUUGUCUACAUGAGGUAUUCUCCUGUACAUUCAUCUGCUGGAGUUUGAAUUACUCUACAUCUGGUUAAUCUACUUGGCUGGAGUUGGCAGGCCCUGUUUUCUUCUCUUUACACCUGCUCCUGCCAAGAUCUUCAGCAGCCAUGUGGAGAAAGGUGUGAGGGUGAGCCUCCCUCGCUGGCUGGCAGCUGAGUGCUCCUCAGACCCUGGACAGCUUUGAGGUGUCUUGGCUGUUCAGUGCUCUGCAGAUAUGAACGCUGAGCUUUUCUGGCACGUUCUCACUUUGGCCUGGUCACUCUCACCAUGCUAGUACAUGGGAAAGAAGACUUCCUCUCAGACAUAGCUUACAUCAUCCUGGAACUGGUCAUUGCGGUGCUGGCCAUCCUGGGCAACAUCCUGGUCUGCUGGGCAGUCUAUUUGAAUAGCAACCUGCAGAACGUCACCAACUACUUCGUGGUGUCCCUGGCUGCUGCUGACAUUGCGGUGGGAGUGCUGGCAAUCCCCUUUGCCAUCACCAUCAGCACUGGCUUCUGUGCCUUCUUCUAUGGCUGCCUCUUCAUUGCCUGCUUCGUCCUGGUCUUGACUCAGAGCUCUAUCUUCAGCCUCCUCGCUAUCGCCAUCGACAGAAUCAUUGCGAUCCGCAUACCCCUCAGGUACAAUGGCUUGGUGACUGGCUCUCGAGCCAAAGGUAUCAUUGCCAUCUGCUGGGUGUUAUCUUUCAUCAUUGGCUUGACACCAAUGCUAGGGUGGCACAAGCGCUCCCAGAUUGAAGAGCUGGGUACUAAUAAGUCCUCUCCCAUCAACUGCAGCAACAGUAUGGUGGUGUGCCUAUUUGAGGCAGUGGUCACCAUGGAGUACAUGGUCUACUACAACUUCUUUGCCUGCGUAUUGUUGCCCCUCCUCCUCAUGUUUGGUAUCUACUUGAAAAUCUUCAUGGCAGCCCGGCGACAGCUCAAACAGAUGGAGAACAAGAUGGUACACGGGGAGCGCUCACGCUCCACUUUGCAGAAGGAAGUCCACGCAGCCAAGUCUUUAGCCAUCAUUGUUGGAUUGUUUGCAGUCUGUUGGCUUCCACUCCAUAUUAUUAACUGUUUCACCCUUUUUUGCCCUAAUUGUGCCCAUGCUCCCCUCUGGCUGAUGUAUCUGGCCAUUAUCCUGUCUCAUGCCAACUCAGUGGUAAAUCCUCUAAUUUAUGCCUACCGGAUCAGAGAGUUCCGAUACACCUUCCGCAAAAUCAUCAGCCAGCAUAUCCUGGGCAGGAAGGAGCAGUUCAAGGCAGGAACAGCCAGCAUUAGGACUUCGACCCAUGGCGGGGACGGCGAGAACGCCAGCAUACGAAUCAGUGAGUAUGCGUUAGAGGUAUACACCAAUGGAGAGAUUCACAGGGAUCCUGAAAAGCAGGACUUGAACAAAUGCAAAGCUGUCUUGGAAUGGCACCAGAAUGGGAAUGCUCUGGACAUGGAGACAAAUGGGCAUCUCCCACAUUCCUGCAGAAAUGGAAUUCUCUCAGAUGCAUGCAUGAACAGGCAGCUUCACAGCGAAGAGCUAAUCGAUGCCCAGGUGUCUUACUCGGAUCUAGAAAGCACAGCCUUCACAGCAGCUGAUGUUUCCUGAUGAGUCCUUCGAAGUCUUCCUGGUAGAAUUAUUUUAUUUUCCAUGGGUGGCCUCUGCCAUGGCAGAAAGGGAGUCUGGGGGGCGGGGGGAGAGGUGUGUAUUCAGAUUGCUGUGGAGAAAGAGGUCCUUACCCAGGACUCUUGGGAGGACCCUAAAUACUAGACUGGAGAAAAGCCAAGAGACCAUCGAAGUGGACUAAGAAAGGAGGGACACGCUACCCAUUGCUGACCUUUUCAUCAAGAGCAGUGCCAAGGUCAAAGAUGGCAUUCCAAGGUCAGCACUGGGAGACUCUCAUGAUGCAGAGCAUAUCAUAACGUUAUGCUGUACUGUGUGUCUGUGGUUGUACGUCAGUUUUGCUGUCUUUACCAACAGAAAUAAAACCAUGGCUGGAAGUAUUCGCUUAAUUGCAAGGAGCAACAGGGAGGGGCCUCCAAUUAUUUGGCCCUGAAAAAAUGGAAGGAGGAUAGCAACAUCUAUUGGUCAGGAAGGAUGCCAGCAGCUGUUUGGAGGAGGAAUUUACCUGAGAGGAACUUUGGAUACCUUCAACUAUGACAUUUUGUCUUUCAGUUUGUGUUUUUAAAGCUUACACUGCAACAGGUUGCUUGGACAUUUUUUCUUGUCUUGUUUAGAUUCCAUUAUGUUAAGUUAUAAAGAUGGGCAAGAACUCAUAUUCAUUCCCUGAGCGCUCAGUGUUCCAGAUGCACAAGACAAAUAUAACCUCAUAGCUCUCCACUCUGUCAAACAAAUAAUGAAAACAGAGACCGUAAUAUGGAGUUCCCUUAGCAAAAGGGCUGUUAGCAGGAUGUGGUGCUCGACCUUGCAGUGGGCUGUGUUACCAGGGCUGGUCAUGCCCCCAGGUGGUGUGGGGAGCUAUCAGGAGGGAGGUGUCCACAGGCCGGUGGGCACUGUCUGGCUACUGCUUUUACCCUCUGUGUCUGUGCUUGUCCUGGGAUCCCAGAAUGCAAAUUAUCUCCGUGGUCCUAAGUUUUCAUCCUCACUCAAAAUGCUGUGGGAUGGGAUUUGUUUUCUUUUUUUUUUGAGGGUAGGGGGUGGAAGGGGUAGGGGGGAGGAAGGCAACGUGGGACGGGACAUACCUAUUACUUACUUCUGGAAUCCCCAUGAGCUCUAUUUGAACACCUUUUCUCCUGUGAUUUCAGUUGUUUCCUGAUGUGCUUUACUGUGAAGCCUGAUGUGCAGAGGCCAGCAGAUCUGGGUCUGUCUGAUUAGAAGAUGCUCCUACUCUGAGGAGCUGGCAGCAAUCAGUAGUAGUGGAAAUCUGCUUAGAAACUACAGUAGUCUGUGUAAGAGGGAGGCAAAUCUUCUGCAGCAAAGGUAUGCACUGAUAUGCUUUGUUGUAGAGCAGUUUCACAGCGGUUUGGUAACUUCCUUUAUCACUUGUUAGCUCUAUCAGUAUCACUUGUGGUAGCUCAAGGAUGGCAGAGUGCCAUGCUAGCUUGUAUUCUACCUAAAUCUUGUCCAGUCUUUGUUUCAAGGACAAAUAUUCCAUGCCCAAUGCCACUAGCCUUCUGGGGAGACAGGCAAGUCCUACUAGACAUGGUCCUACAAGAAGGCUAGAAGUCUGGUAAUUCCAGGGAUCUGGACUUUUUCCAUAGCUGAAAACAUCAGAGUUAUCAGCCCACAGCCCUGGGUCCUCCUCAUGUCCCUCCACUAAUGUUUCAGAACCCAAAUAAUCUCAUUUUCAGGAAGGAAAGGGGAACUGAAUUUUGAUAUUUGGGGAAGGGCACAUUAGGUUUGUGUGUUCUCAUUUCAUGUUUAUUUUAAAUAUUGUGAAGUAUUAGAAUGAAAGUCAGUUUUAUUUGAAGAAGCUUUUCUUUUUUACCAGUCUGUCUUCAUGAAGGUGGGGAGUGGUUUAGAAUGUUGAAUGUGCUCAAGUAUGUAACUGCUCUAGGCUAGCACAAAGCUUACUGUGAGAUGGAUAAGAAGAUGUGGUUGCCACCCCCAUCCUUAGCAGGAAGACAGGCAAGUAUGAAGAACAAUAGACUCCACAGUUCAGCUGAAUCGCUGCUUUCUUGGCACGGCUUUUCCACGUAGUCUUAACGUCAGAGGAGUGGAUUAUCACUCCAGCACCGCUAACAAACACUAAGCUAUUUCUCUGUGACUGACAUUGCAGGUAGUUCCUUUGUAGGGUGUUUUGGAGUCUUGUUACUCUCGGUCUUGAUAGAAUAUUUCUGUAGGUUGUGUGCGGGAUGACUCCUCUGGCCUCCUGAAACAGCAGCAGAGGAAUUCAGUCAGAAAAGUGGGGGUCUGAACUCUUUGGGCCUCAGCUGGGAGCUGAAAUGUUUCUAAGAAUAACACAAGAUUACAUCCGGUAUUCAUGUCAAUAACAAUUAGGUCCACAAAGAAGCAGAGCAGGGAAGGAAGUGUGGGAAAAUACCGGCAUUGCUCAUGUGCUGGAACACACGCGAGUGCAGAAGUGUCUCCUGUUGAGCUUUAGUUGCCAUUGUAAAGGGAUAUUUUAUGCCAUGUUGCAUCAGACUUUCAACAGCUGAUGUAGGUUGGUUGCUUUCUAUUGUUUCCUGGGCUUCUUCGCACUCAAUUAUGGGAGUUGCUUGCUUGCUUGCCACAAGAAUCAAAUUGAUCUAUGUUGAUGUGACACACUUAAGAUUGUCUCUCUGCAAAACUUUCCUGCCCAACCGGAUCGCCAUGCUCACUUACUUUGCGUUUCCAGAUGUCUUGAAAUCAGUUUCUGUCUCACUGAUUGGUGUGCCCCCCAAGUGUGUCCAGUCCCUUUCAAUAGUAGUGAUCUAGAUGUGAAAUGAAAAGGGUAUGUGAAGGGGCCAGGGGAUGUGUGUAGGAGGAAGUGCAGUGGGUGUAAGGAGGCAGCAUGUUUUAUAUAGAAUUGGAAGUCUAGUCACAGGAAGAAAGAAUGGCCAAUUGCGCCACGUGCUGUGUGCCUUCUGGCAAACAUAUGUCUGAGAUGGACCUUCAGAAGAUGUUUCCAAAGCAGUUGUUGGAGGGGGAGCAUGAACCUUUUGAACAGAAUUUUGGAAUUCUUAUUUGUUUCCUAGGGAUCAUGAUUUCAAGGCUUCCAUUCUUUUUUUAAAAAAAGAAGUUUUAAGGUCCUAUGAAUGAAGUCUGCUCUUUUCUCCUUCUGCCAGUGCCCUCCAGUCUUAAGAAAAGUACCUCUGCCAAACCACACAGGGCAAGGAUCAUUUUAAAAAGUUAAAUAAUUUUUUCCUAACCUCCCACUCAUAUCCCCAUUUUCUUCCUAGCUGAAGAUGUAGCUAAUGAAAUAACUGUUCUCGAUAAGCAAAGACGGUAACAAGACGAAAGGAAGAAUGAGGUGACCAUCAGGAGAGGCUAGAGAAGAUCUCUUUGGGAAUCCAAGGUGCAGUGGGUCCAAAAAGGAAGAGCUGGGGUAAGAAGAGGCUAAUUUCAUUGAAUUGGAACAUGUUACUAAAAAUGGCUCACAACCCAUAGAGAGACGUGGUUCCUCAUUUGGUGUGAGGGCAUUCCAUGAAUUUCAGCAUUCCCUUGAGACUCUUAGGCUCCAGGGUUUAUUUGCUUUAUAGGGUUUUGGAGAAAGUAAAAUUCUGAUCAGUUGCCAGGAGUAAUUUUAUCAAGAGUUCUUCUUAGGUCUGUCUUCUCUAUGGGGAACUGCUUUUUGUGUGUGCAAAUGCACUUACAGCUUUGUCCUGCAGUUUCCUCUUGGAUCAGCAGUAUCUCAAAGCUCUGUGCAAGCUUGGACUGCAGCUCUUGAACAGAGCUGAGCGGGAGGAGAAAGAGGCUGAUGCUUGUUUGACAGAGGGCACUAGCAAAGGGUCAUAGUAGGACAGUUGGGGUUGCUGUAGACAGAAAGGAGUUGCCACUGGACCCAACUGGUGUUUGUGAGCUUAUUGUGCAGAUGAGCUUUGGAGUUACAUGGAGUAGCCUGAAUCUUUGAUCAUUCUUUGAAAAGAAGCUCCAGAGGAUGCUGGAGGAUGUAGGAAAGUCUCUUAAGGUGUGAGAGCAGACUGGAGUGUUAGGGUUAGAUGGGAAAUAUUGGUGGGGAAAGAGGAUUUGUAGGGUAUGUGUUUGGGAGGAUUUCGGGGGAGUGGGAAUGUGCUGGGAGGAGCUGGGGAUUGCACAGAUGGUCUCAGGGGAGUGGGGCUGGCAUGAGCCCAGGGCACGACUUGCUGAGGAACGACUCUGGAAGGGAUGUGUGGUCUCAUGGCUCCUCGGGGUCACGGCAGAGAGGCAGCCUUGCCCCAAUAUCUGCAGAGGGUUGACUUUGUCUGGUCUAUAUAUGACUGAGGUAGAGAGAUUUUUCCUGGAUUAUCUCAUUUUCAGAUGCAUUGUCUCAUUUCAUGAGUGCGUUCGGGUGUAACAAAAGCCCUUCUGCUUUCAUGAACAUGAGCAGUAACACCCCCCUCUCCCCCUCAUCAGUUCAGCUGUGUUUUGUGGGAAGGACAAGCAUGCUGUAAUUGCUGUGAUGCAUUAAAUCUGCAUGAUACUCUCUAGUGGUGUUUGGUAGGUUUAGCUGCCUAACAGUCAGUUCUCUCCUUAUCUGUUCUGGGCAUCAGACUGCUCUGAGAAAGACCAAGGAGCUUUGUCUUUCUAGCCCUGAGCUUUUGGCCUUCUUUGCAGUAAAGCACAUCAAGAGUAACUAAAAUCACACCAGUUCCUUGUUUGCAUGAGAGGUGACUGAACCUAACAGAUUGAGAAUCCCCAAAAGGGGACAGUGUUCUGUGUAACUCCCUGUCUUAUUCGUCUGCUGGGACUCUUAACACAAGCAUGCGUUGAAUUCAAGACUGGAACCUGUUGAUCUGAGAACAUCCUUUGCUUCCCUCGUUCUGUCCCAGGAGCUGGUAUUCCUGCCCCCGUCCUGUGGAGCAGUUGUCUCUGUGGUCUGUGAGUCAAAACACUAUGAACACCCUGCUGCACACGCUGUCACUAGGAAACACUCUUUUAAUUUAAAUGUUUUAUGAAUAUAGUUGUUGUUUUCCCUCGGUUUGUCAGUUACCAGUGGGAGGGGAGGGAAAGGGGUGGGAGAAUCUGUGCAUGCAUAUGUAUUUAAAGUGCGUUGACCAAAGUUGUUUUUUUUAUUUGUUUGUUUUGAAUCUGUGAAAUUUUCAUAUCUGUGAAGUCAUCAGACUGCUGGGCAGUGAGGAGCCACUGGUGCUGCUGAGUCUGUCUUGGUUACAUUUCUUAAUAAGCAUUAAAAUAAUAAAAUAUAUUUG